AUGGCCUGGUCGAUAUUCUCUAAUCCCUUCGCAUUGUCAACUAGCUCCGAAACGGAAGCAAGUCCGAGCUCAUCUGCUUCGACAUCAGCUGCUCCGUUACCUUCUCCACCGAAAGUAAAUAGGUUCGAAUCUAUCCUCCAAGAUGAAGAGCGAUAUCAGGAAUUACAAUAUCCAAAUGUAGAACAAGUGCCUGGAUGUAUGAGAUUACUGGAUGAAUUCUUGAUGUGUUAUGCGUUAGCACCUCAGUUGAGAUCGAUGUAUCGAUUCGGUGAAUUUCGAGACUGCACUUGGAAAUGGGAAGAUUUCAAAUACUGUUUAUCGCUUAAAUCAGAAGAUGAAGAAGCUAGAAGGGAAUUAUGGGUCAAGAGAAGAGCUGAGUGGUGGGCUAAGCGGAGAGUAAGUGGGAGUAGUGAGGAUGUUUGGGAUGUGAGGAGUGAACCACUGCACAACUUUCCGCCUUUAGCAGCAGAAGAAAUUAGUAGCGAAAGCAGUACGACCUAA